CGAAGGGAAGACGGAACGGGCAGAGAGGUCUGGCGCUACUGCCUAGGACGGGGACCGAGCCGUGGACACGUUUCGCUGUGAACGUCUGCUGAAAGCAAAUGUUAACUUUCGGAUAGUGCGCUUGGCUAGACUGUCUAGCGUUUGAGGGGGGGGCUAGCUUAUCGGUUCAGUUAUCGGUGCUCGGCGGUGGAAUUAUAGCGAAAAUGUCGUCUCCAAGUCCUGGUAAAAGGCGGAUGGAUACCGACGUGGUGAAACUCAUUGAAAGCAAGCAUGAAGUCACUAUUCUCAGCGGACUCAACGAAUUUGUAGUCAAGUUUUUUGGACCACAAGGAACGCCGUAUGAGGGAGGCGUGUGGAAGGUCCGAGUAGAUCUUCCUGACAAAUAUCCUUUCAAAUCGCCAUCAAUAGGAUUCAUGAAUAAGAUUUUUCAUCCGAACAUUGAUGAAGCAUCAGGGACAGUGUGCUUAGAUGUCAUCAACCAGACAUGGACAGCCCUCUAUGAUCUGACCAAUAUCUUUGAGUCCUUCUUGCCCCAGCUGCUGGCUUACCCAAACCCCAUUGAUCCCCUGAAUGGAGAUGCAGCUGCCAUGUACCUCCACCGUCCAGAAGAGUACAAACAAAAAAUCAAAGAGUACAUCCAGAAAUAUGCAACAGAGGAGGCUCUGAAGGAACAAGAGGAGGGGGCCGGCGACUCCUCGUCAGAAAGCUCCAUGUCGGAUUUCUCAGAAGACGAGGCCCAGGACAUGGAGUUGUAGUGAUAGGGGCACCCCUCCCCUCCCCCCAGCCCUCCCCUUCAAACCCCCACAGAGACUAUAUUUGAUUUCCUAACCAUGAGAAAGCAGACUUAUGAUAUUCGUAUUUAAACAAGUUGAUUUUUUUUUAUUAUUAUAAUUAUUAUUAUUAUUAUUCCUACUAAACAAGGAUUUUUAUGGAUAUCUAGCCUUUGGUGUAUAUGACAGACACCCCCUACCAUUCUGUAGCCGUUUCUCCCCCGCCCAUCUGUCACUGUUGCUGUUGCACACUCUUUCACCUCACCCUUUUAUUAAGGUGUAUGGUCGUGUAGUAGUAGUCUGGAUCCAGCGCCAUAAAAGCCUUCUUCCAUUCUUCCUUGCUCUGGUUUGUUAACAGUGUGACUGUCUGAAUUUCACCAUUCACGUGGCUGGCAGUGGGGGUUAAGGAAGCAUGACCACAUGGGAAUGUCGGUAGACAGGAAGCAGCCCACCUGGGUUCACAAAUCUGGCAGUCAACGAACACCUUGUUGCUGCCGUGGUUGACCGACAAUUUAGGCCGAGGAAUGGAACAUUAUUAGUUCCAGUUGAGGCUGAACAGAGGAUAGCGGCCUCACAAGCCAUCUGUGUAACCUCCGUGUAAUGGUCACACCGUUAAUGAGCAUGUGCGAGUGAAAAUGAAAAUGAGACGGAGGUUGGGUCCAGUCUCAUGUAGUAGCGGUCUUCCUCACAUUCCGCUGUUAGCUGGAUUAAACUCCGACGCAUGCCCCUCGCAUCGUUCUGACCUGUGGUACAUGUCCCCAUCACAUCGACUGGACUCAAAAUGGAGACUUUUGACCAUCUUAUCUACCGGGACAAAUGGGGCAGGGGUGAGUGGGGGAAUUUUCCGUCAUUUUCUCACGAUCACUAGUUUGAGGAAGAUGAUAAAGUGGGGUUUCGCUAACAAGUAGUCACAUGUACGCUUGUUAUUAUUAUUAUUAUUAUUAUUAUCAUCAUCGCCGAGGGAAAGGUUUAUGAAUACUCACUUUGGUUUUUACAGAUCGAACGGCUCGUCUGUGAGCACAGAGCACCAGACGUUGCUGUUUGACUCAACCUCGCUGGGUUUUAAGGUUUGAAAGUCCACAAUGCAUCCGGAAGAGAUUGGCAAUCACAGCUUUUACCUUGACUGUUACUUCAGUUUUCCCCAAAAUUAUUGGUGUAACUCUGACAUUUCACUCAGUAAGGCGUGGACAUUUGUACGUGUGCAGCACCUACCUUGUACAGUGAUAACACACCUCUUUAUAAAGCCUCAUAAAAACUCGCAGUGUCAAAAAAAAUAAGUAAACAUUGACCAAGUGUUGCUUGCCGAGGCUUGUAAUGGCAGUCAGACUACCUAGGAAACCUUGAAUUGUAAAUCACCUUCUUUUAACUUUGUAGAUUGUAGUAAUAAUCACAGGGACUGCUUUUCGUUGGUUGGUGGGUCCUGAGUGAGAGAUUGAUAUUGGAAUAAUACCUCUUGUGUCAAAGCAGUGUUCGGGGGAGGAGGGUGGUCACCUUAAUGCAUCUGACUUCAUUUCCCUCUCCCAGCAGUGUGUUUUGUGCCUCAUCUCGUAAAGAAAGGUGACAAUUUAGGGAAUCUCAAAAGCCCAAAUACUUGACAAGGAAAGCCAUGAAGGUCAGACUAAAUUUAAGAAGAAAAAAAAGCACACACCACCCCCACCCCCCCAACCUCCAUUUCUAUUUCUCCUCUUCUUCCCCGCCGUUUGACCUUUUUUGAAUUUGUCCCAAUAACAUCUUGAGUUUUUCUCAUCACCACUUUGUACAGUUUAGGGUUAUGACCUAGGAUUGAGUAACGUUGGGCUUUCUUAACUGAGCUUAUGUAGGUUUGAUAGAGGCUUUUGUGGCUUGGGUUUGACAGACAUGAGUUUGGCUGUAUCUUGCAUAGUGAGAAACAUUUUCACAGAAAAAAAUGGUAUUUUAAUGGAGGAAAAUCAUGCUAACAUUCGUUGAACUUGCUUAACUAUAAAAAUAAGUGUUUUUUGACAUGAUGUCUGGGGUAGGUAGUUUCGCUGGGUGGUGACUCCGGGUAAACAACACAUGGUAUAUGGCUAUAUUACAGAUAGUGUUAGAUAGUUUGAUGUAAUUGUCUGGCAUUCAUUGUUCAUCAGGUUUUUAGUUGGCGUCUGUUGCAUGGUAUAUGUAAGAUACUCCAUAGACAUAACCUGCUUGUCCUCCUCUUGCAGAUUUGGAGUCGUGCAGUCGAGUGUGAGUGAUUUCAAUCUAGGACAACAUUUGACCUGUAGUAAGCCUGGUAGAUCUUAAUGUGUGUAGAAAUCAAAUCUUUGCUUCCAACCCAUACAGAUAGUCUGGAAUUUCUCCAAAGGCAUUAGCUUAAAAAGAAAAAAAAAGGAAAAAAAGUGGGAGGGUCGAAUUACAUUUUCAUAAUCAUCAAACCAUUGGAAUAUCAGUAGGACCCCUCCUGAGUUUGUUUUUUAAUUUUCAGCACACGAUUGAAGAGUUGGACUAUUUAAGGCAACGGGGGUUAAUCAUCUAAAUUGGUCCGAGGGAGAUUUGGGUGUUAACAAUACCUGGGUGAGCUUUUCAGCAGGAUGCAGCAUUUUGAAUUGGCGCAGGGAGAAUUCAAUUUAAUCGACUCACUAUUGCGACAUUGAGGAUGUGUGAACCUGGCUUUCAUAUUGCCAUCUGAAUGUUGUACAUCUGUUUGAACAGGCCGCGGUGUGGGAAGUCUGUGAUCGGCAUCUUCUCACCCACAAAAACAGAGCCUGCAAAAAAAAAAAAAAAAAACCAAACUGUGAGAAUAUGCAGCAUCCCUGUCUCACAGUUGUCUUGUGCUUUCUCCCAAGCUGCCUACAUAUAUAUAAAUAUAUAUAUUUAUUCAUUAAAGAGAACCUUUUUGCUUUUGUGUUUUUCAUCUUGGUCGUUAUCGUGCGCCACUGUUAUACAAGGGUGUAAAUUACAGUCAGCUUAACUGUCACACUGAGGAGAAUUGGAAAUUUGAUUUUUUUUCUAUUUUUAUUUUGUUGGAAGUAUUAAAAUUGGAAGUUUUUUUUUUUUUUUUUUACUUUUCAUUUAUGCGGUGUUGUAAUUGAGUGCUGAAUAUAUAUCAGAGUUGAGAAAUGUAAUAAAAAGAACACUUACCUGUGACACAGUGGUGCAAGAGGGAACAAAAACAUUUUGAUCUUAUUUAAACAAUAUCCUGUUUUUUGUUUUGUUCCCCCCCCCCAAAAAAGUGCAAACUUGUAUUUUGGUGAGGUUCCAGCUUUUGGUUUCAGUAGUGUGCAUCCACACAGGGCAAUAAAUUGACACCACAGCGGGCUGCAGCCAGCCGCUAUUUAAUUUUCCCUGGCCCCUUUUUUUAUUUUCCCAAACUAACUUGGUGAUAAAGAUCAUUUACAGCCUUUGUGUUUGUGCUCUUGUUUUUAACUCUUGAGUUCAGGACUGAACAAAUGUCCAAUAAACCAGUAAAUGAUUAUGCUUCUGUUGGAACUUUUGUUUUUAAAAAACUUUUUUUUUCUUCUUUUUUUGGGGGGGAAAAAAAGGGGGAUGGACACAAAAGUGUUAAUUGAUUUUUCUCAUUUAAUUUCCUUUCAGCUCCCCUGGCCUCCUUUUUUUUGUUUUUUGUUUUUUUGGGGUGGGGUGAGGGUGUUAAUAAGACCACGAGGCUUACAGAUGGGAUGGAUAUCUACCACCAAUCCUUUUAAAAACUUGACCCCGGUCAACCUGCUUCCAGCUAGUGUUAACAUCUGGGAGGGAUCUUGAGUUGGGGAGACAACACAACACGACACCUUUGCAGACUUGCAGGGAGCAUUGCGGUAUGGAGCCGUAGGCCCACAGAUCAGUACAUACGCCGGUCCACAGCUUUCACUGGACAAAAGACGAGAGAGACUCAAGGGGCCAGAGGCACCGGCCCGUCGUCCAUCCAGAGGGGGGCGUUCUGCAGGCCAUCUCGUCAUUAAACGGCACAAAAACGGCAGCCCUAAUCUUCACAUGUCAACAACCCCCCACCACCGCAGCCUAGUUCUCCCCCCCCCCCAACCCACCCCCAUGUGUUGGCUGUACCUCUCCCGUGCACUUGCAUGCUUCUGGUUGAGGCUCCCCACCCGUUCUCUUUUCGUGCUCGAGUACAUUUGUGCCCCGUGCUGGCCUAUACUGUUGCCACGAGGGGGCCUAGUUAAGCAGGCGCGCGCACACACACACAGCAUGGAAAGUGGCUGUUUUUUAUAGUAACUAAGUAUUUGGUACCUAGUAUGUGAUACUUUGGGGGGUGGGGGGUCCAAAGGGUUGAUUUUUGUUUUUCCAAAAAUCCGUCCUCGGUCUUAUUUUGACUCCUCUUUUGCCCUCGAUCUCUCCUCCCUGUUUUUUUUUUUUUUGUUUGUUUGGGUUUUUUUUUUUUUUUUUUUUGGUUUUUUUUUUUUAACCCCCCAUUUUUCUUUGCAUUGUGAAGUGGGCAUGCUUGUCAAGAAGACAUGCUCUCUAUUAAUAGGCUUAUAACCUCUUAAAUAGUUGUGUAUAAAAUAAACUGUUAUAACUUCUUUUUUAAUAAAACAUUAAA